GCUGCCAUUUGCCGACAUUUAUAGAAAUCUGAGUACGACCAGAAGAGUGUUUUCAUGCUCCGACUAUGAACUCUCAGUUGRUUUUUUUACCUCUCAUCACAAUGAGUUUUACACUGCAGUCAUUCUAUUUUACUUUAGCUUUGUAAAUUGAAUAAAACAGACUGGAUCUUGGUACGGCGCAAUAACACACAAAUUUUAAAUCUUCAAUUUAAAACAAAAUAAGCAAAAAAUUUAUUUUACAAAGACAAAUAAUAAAAUAUUACUCCUUUCGAUUCCGGAUUCGAUAUGUCAAUUGGAUACAGUUCGCUAUUGUCGUGAUAUACAUAAGUAAAAUAUAAGAUUUUAACCUUCUUUUCACGUAGAACAAAGACUCUGAACAAUGUUUAACUUAAUAUGUGAUGAUGUGAACAAAAAUGUGAUAAACCAGCGAUAAACGUCUAAAUAUCGGAGUGAAUUCACAUUACACACAAAGAAUAAAUAAACGUCAAGCGAGACUAUUCGUCGUCAUAAAGAAAGAACAAGUACAUAGUUGUGAAAAAUCAGGAUGGAAACAAAACCAAGAGGCAAAUAAGCAAUCGUUAUAUUUAAUAAAAGAAGAAAAAUCAAUAUUUAACAACACAAACACUACAUUUCAAGUCUGCUAAAGUUUUUACUAUACUUAUAUAGGAACAAUUUAAGAAUUUAAAAAAACAUUGUCAAUAUUACACACAAACAUAGGCUCCCAAUAUCAACCUGAUAAUGUUUUAUAAWUUUUCUAUGGUCAACAAAGGUAACAAACCAAAAACGAAAGUACUAUAAUAAUAAUAAACCCGAGCAAACAUUGAAUAAUAAAUAUAAAAAAAAAGGAAACGAAACGCAAUGUCGACCCUUUGUAACUUUUGUAUCACCCUUACGGUGAUUGGAUUAAUCUUAACAAAUGCCGUAUUUUCGGAGGCAAGGGUAGAGGUACCGGAGUUGCAAGUCGACGCAAUACGCUACGAAUACAUCGCCCUUCAGAAAUCACUUUGGCUUUAUUUGGAUAAAGAGGGUACAAGCAAAAAUGCCGAAUUUCGAAAAGUUUAUGAUUCGCAUCGAAAAUUUGUUAACGAUAAUUUCCAAAGCAAUUUCGAAGUGGGAAGAUAUGAUAUUCUAAAUCAUUAUGAAUGGAGUCUAUUGGAACGCGACCUUCUCCAAAUCGACAGAAUGUUUGAUUACUAUCAGAACUUCAUGAACGAGCACAACAAUACUGCCGAAGUGAACGAACGUGCCAUUUUGGACAUUUGCGAGACGGUGCUUCGCAAUGAUAAUGUUUUCUCUAUGUCGCGUAUUUUUCAGGAGUUGGAGUUAGUAAUGGUCAAGCAAACUCUUUAUUAUAGAGCAAUGUUGGAAUCAACGGAUCAAAUAUGCCAUACACAACAAUCGGCGCAGCAAUUCAUUUAUUCACUAUAUUCCGAUAUAGCUCUUACAGAGUUAAAAGGCUACACUAUGAUGCAGUUUUCGUGGAUGAUGUUACGGAUUUACGGCAAAGGAAAUUUUUCUCAAGAAGUGGAGCUAAUGCGUAUGGACUACGUAAAACGAACAGAACGUGCCUUAAAAUUGCUGAGGGAGGUUAUGCGUCGCGCCGAUCGAAUUUUGUGGAGAUGUGACCCUGGAAAAUUUGAGCAAGGCAAAAAUUAUGACGAGGUGACUCGUCUUCUACAGGGUUACAUUGAGAAUGAAGUUGACUUAAACAAAGAGGAAACAUGUCGUGAGGAUUGCGCAUUUUAUCAAUCCACCAGAUCCGAAGGCUGUUUCAAAGAUCUGUAUUGUGCGCGCCAACCCAGAUGUUCAGGAAAAUUGUAUCACUGUACAUAUGUUGACGCGGACAUGUGGGUUUGUCCCGCUAGCCGAAACAGUACCCGUCGCUAUGAAUAUCUAGAAUAUGAAAAUGGUCGAGUACUUGGACAAAGAACUCCUUGCGUGCGGGGUACGACAAAGGUGGAAUCCUGGUGGCGCUAUCUUUUUUGGCACUGUAGCUAUUGCUUUUGCCUGUGCGAUGAAAUUAGUAUAAAAUCAGACCGCUACUUCAAUUUGCGUGAAACGGUUGCAGAUGUGGAUAACAAUAGAGUAGUCACCGGCUUACGCAUUACGAAACAAAAUCGAAUAUUUCACUUACAAAUCCAAGAAGGAGAACUUUUACCGAGGGGCAAUAUAAAUCGAUCGAGUCUUACUUGGAAACCAGUUGAAAACUAUCAAAUAUUCGACAGAGACGUGCGUAAUGGUCGGGAUUAUCAUACACUCAGUUACGAAAGUAGAUCAAUGGAUUUAGACGACAUCUACACAGACGACAACUCAUUUAUAGUAGUUGGUGUGCGUUGGCGAGUCGUUGGUGCGCACUUAAAUCUUGAAGCCAAGUUAGCAGAAUUCGAUUUCAAAAUGGGUAAACUAAUAUCCCCAGAAACGAAUAGUUUUUGGAAAUCCAAUGAUAAUACCGAUGUGAGCGGGGAACGGAGACAAAAAAUUAAUCUCAAUAACCCCGACAAAUCAACACGAACAAUAGUCAAAUCAAUACCCGACUCACGACAUAACCAAUAUAUAGAUUUUAUAAAUACAAGCAUGGAUAAAGAUGCCGCGCAGAGUACGGUACCGUUUAUCGAUACACAGGAAGUAACAUCUAACCCGCCAGUGCCUCUAUCCGGUGUGGGCAUAUAUCAUAAGGGACGACAAGGUUACGGUGGUUUUCUUGCACCGAAGAUUAUGACCUAUGAUUUUACACCCCACGUUCGAGUGCCACAAGAUAUUAACUAAAUACAAACUUAGAAAGUAAAUAUUAUUAUUGUAAGUGCACUAGUAUAUGAAUGUAUAAAAAAGGAAGUAUAUUUAUAUAAUUAUAAUAUUGAUACACUAUAGCAGACACACCUACAUAUAAAUAUCUUAGUAAAUAUUGGAGUGUUUACAAUGCAAUGUGAAUUUACAAUGCAAACGGAUUGCAAUAUUUUUUAUGCCAAUGAAUACAAUCACUACUUCGAAGAAAGAAAUUGAUUGUAUUUACUUUGCAACUGUUUUAUCAAAAUUGAAAUUUCUAGGAAAUUUAUUUAAAAUUAAUUUUAAAUUAAUUUAAAAUUCAAAGAAAAUCCAGUUAGAAAUAUUCUUGCUCGAAUUAGUACAUAAUUGACACAUAAAUUGACUUUAAUGAUUUCUAAAAGCUAUAUGUUUAGAUCAAACAGUGUACAGCAAAUUUACAUAAACUUGAAUUAGAAACUGAAUAUCAUUUGAUUUAUAAAUUGAAAGCAAAAUAAUGAAUAAUAACAAUGUGUUUAUACUAUUUGUUUCUUGGUAGUUAUAGACCCCCAUGGAAUCUUGUUCGAAUACAAUAAAAUAAAAUUGAUAAAUUCUAAAA